GUUCAUACAACAACUCUAUUUAUUUUCUUUUUCCUCUAAAAAAAAGACUCUCUUUCUAUUCCUCUAUCGAAUUUACUGUCAUGGCGAUUCUUGCAUUUUGUGCCUCGUUCUUUACGUUUGCUUCCUUGGUCCUGGAAAUUUUCACAUUGAUCGGCAAUACUUACAAUCGUCCAUUUUUACGGAACCUGUAUUUCGCCAAACUAUUUCAAAACAACCGAUCCGUGCAAUUUGGCUUAUGGAAUUCAUGCUCUGGUCAAGGAGGAUAUGUGACCGAGUGUACUCAUCCUCAACCUGCCUACGUGUGGAGCAAUGCCGAAGGUCUCAGCGGUUUGGUGGAUGGCCUCAACGGACACGAUAAACUGUUUCUUGCCAACUUUAUUCUUUACUGGAUCGCUUUCGGUCUGACGUUAUUCGCUUUGGUGAUUACUCUGUUGUCCAACUUCCGUCGCAGCUCCGACUUGUUAGCUUCUUUUGCCUGCUUCAUUGCGUUUGUUGUCAUGCUUGUCGUGUUCAUCAUUGUCCUCGUGAUCUCACUUCGUGGUAUCAAUGCUGCAAAGGGAGUCGAUAGCAGUAUCAGUGGAUUUUUGGGCCCCUCUACAUGGAUGACAUUGGGUGCCAUGGUCGGUCUUUUGCUCGCCUCCUUAUGGUACUGCUUCGCUUGCUGUUGCGGUUCCGGACGACGCGUUCGUGAUGCUGACAAGGCUUAAAUGGGAAACAAAAAUAUAAAGUUACAUACGCAAAUCCAUCUAACCCCCCUUGUUUCACUUUCUUCUUCUUCUUCGACUCUAUUUACUAUUUAAAUAUAUUCUCUACUUUUUAUUAUUAUUCUUUUAUCUUUUCUUGUAGACAUGUUAAUAUCCAUUUACCUUUUUGAAUAAAUAUUUUUAAUGAACGAUGGACUAACAGUUUACAGUUUUGGUAUAGAAAACGUCAAGUGAUUUUUUUUCCAGUUUACAUGUGAAUAAGAAGAAAAACUACGGGAGCCGAAAGUUCCUUCUUGGUAGUGUGAUCAUCUGCAUGAACCGCGGUGGGUUUGCAGGUACGCAGCAUGUCUCGUUUGUAAUACCAAAAAAAAAAA